CUGGAACUUUCGGGAAUUUUGUGAUCUUUUUAGAAAUUGUAUUCAGUCUUCUAAUUUUUGACUCAAAAAAAAAUAAGAUAGUGGUAUUUUGGAGUCUUCUGUCUGUUUUGAAACUUAAGACGCAUCAAUAUCCCGAGGUUACGAAACGUUAAAAAACGUUUGUUAUGUUUUACAAUGUCAGCGGUUUUUCUGUUCGUUUGAAUUAUCUAGAAUCAAUUUCAUUAUUUUUCAUAUCCUGACUUAAUUUCGGUUAAAAGUUUAGUUAUUUUUUCGGAAACUUUUCGAUUUUCGAAAUGGUUUUACAAUUUAUGAAGUUUAUAGAGGUGGCAUAACCUCACUUUUUCUUAAAUUUUGUGUUUUUUUUUCUUGUGUUUGAAAAAGUUUAAGAAGUUUUUGUAAUUCUCAAUAUUUGAAAAUGAAUCACGAUAAAAAAUCCGGAAAAAGAAGCAGAUCGAGGGAAAAAGAGAGGGAUAGGGAAAGAGACAGGGAUAGAACGAGAGACAGAGAACGAAGGGAACGAAAAAGAUCGAAAAGUCGCUCAAAAGAGAGAAAAAAGGAUCGCAAACGUUCCAGAUCGCGAGAAAGAUCCCGAGAACGGGAAAGAUCUCGAGAGCGUAAAGACGGCAAGGAAAAAUCGAAGGAUGAAAAAAAGAGGAAACCAAGUCCAAUUUUUCCUGUGGAUGAUGAAGUAAAAAAGGAUUCAAAAAAUGAAGACGAGAAUGAAAAGGAAGAAAAGGUGAAACCUCCAGCGAAAAAAGAACCUCUGAGUUUGGAAGAGUUGCUGGCGAAGAAGAAAGCAGAGGAGGAAGCGAGAUCGAAGCCAAAAUUUUUGACGAAAGCCGAAAGAGCGGCUUUGGCUUUGCAGAAAAGACAGGAGGAAGUUGAAGCGAUGAGAAAAAAACAGGAAGAGGAAAGGAAAAUUUUGAAUCAUGGGGAAGUAUCUACUCCUGGAAAAGAGAGAGACUGGGAUGAUCGCGAGAGCAGGAGAAGAGAAAAUCAGAGAUCGAGGGAAGAGGAAAUGAAGGAUAAGGACAAAGAAAAGGAAGUGGAAGCGAUAAAAGAAAGAUAUCUCGGUCUGGUGAAAAAGAAGCGAAGAGUUAGAAGACUGAAUGAUCGAAAAUUCGUUUUUGAUUGGGACACUUCGGAAGACACGUCCGUUGAUUAUAAUGCGAUUUAUAGAGAACGGCACCAGGUUCAAUUUUACGGGAGAGGAAACCUCGCGGGAAUUGAUAUCAAGGCACAGAAAAGGGACCAGAGCAAAUUUUAUGGAGAACUUCUUGAAAAAAGAAGAACUGAGGCCGAAAAGGAGCAGGAAAAGAUGCGCUUAAAGAAAGUGAAACGAAAAGAGGAGAAACAAAAGUGGGAUGACCGACAUUGGUCAGAAAAAGCCCUCGCGGAAAUGACGGAACGAGACUGGAGAAUUUUUCGCGAGGAUUAUAAUAUAACGAUCAAAGGUGGAAGAAUCCCGGAUCCAAUUCGAUCCUGGAAAGAGUCUGAAUUUCCGAAAGAGAUUCUUGAUAUUAUCGACAAAGUUGGUUACAAGGAUUUGACGCCCAUUCAGAGGCAGGCGAUACCCAUCGGUCUGCAAAAUCGGGACAUUAUUGGUGUUGCCGAGACUGGUUCUGGAAAAACACUCGCAUUUUUAAUUCCACUUUUAUUGUGGAUUACGAGCCUUCCGAAAAUUGAGAGACUCGAGGAGGCGGAUCAAGGACCUUAUUCGAUUAUCCUCGCUCCCACUCGUGAGUUGGCGCAGCAAAUCGAAGAGGAAACGAAUAAAUUCGGCGGACCACUCGGAAUUAGAACCGUGGUUGUCGUCGGUGGUCUUUCGAGGGAAGAACAGGGUUUCAGAUUGAGGAUGGGAUGCGAGAUCGUCAUCGCCACUCCUGGUCGUUUGAUAGACGUUCUGGAAAAUAGAUACUUGGUUUUAAAUCAAUGUACGUACAUCGUUCUUGACGAGGCCGACAGAAUGAUUGACAUGGGUUUUGAACCGGAUGUCCAAAAAAUUCUGGAGUACAUGCCAGUCACGAAUUUGAAACCAGAUAAUGAAGACGCAGAAAACGAGGAGAAACUUCUGGCAAAUUACAACACGAAAAAGAAGUACAGACAGACUGUGAUGUUUACGGCGACGAUGCCUGUGGCUGUGGAACGACUAGCAAGAACUUAUCUUCGACGGCCGGCUGUUGUUUAUAUCGGCAGUGUCGGAAAACCGACAGAGAGAACGGAACAAAUUGUCCAUAUUAUGGGAGAAUCCGACAAACGGAGAAAACUUAUGGAAAUUCUCAGCAGAGGGGUCGAGCCGCCUGUUAUUAUAUUUGUCAACCAGAAAAAGGGAGCCGAUGUUCUUGCGAGAGGACUCGAGAAACUUGGGUACAACGCUUGCACUUUGCACGGUGGUAAAGGCCAGGAACAGAGAGAAUACGCCCUGGCGUCUCUUAAAGGCGGAAGUAAGGACAUUCUCGUGGCCACGGACGUCGCCGGAAGAGGAAUUGACAUUAAAGAUGUAUCUAUGGUCAUUAAUUACGACAUGGCUAAAACGAUUGAGGAUUACACUCAUCGUAUUGGACGAACUGGUCGUGCAGGAAAAGCGGGUCUCGCCAUUUCCUUCUGCACGAAAGACGACAGUCACCUCUUCUAUGAUCUUAAACAAACGAUUCUCGGGAGUCCAAUUUCCAGCUGUCCGCCCGAACUUCUCAAUCAUCCGGACGCACAACACAAGCCUGGAACCGUUGUCACCAAGAAGAGACGAGAGGAGAAAAUUUUCGCCUAGAAGCUAUUUUGUGAUCAUAGUUAUUACGUGAGUGAAUGGAACUUAAUAUAAUUUUAAUUUUAAUGAGAAUCAAUGAAUUAAUGAAUUUUUAACAAUUCAUACAAAAAAAGUUAAAAUAUUCAAUCUUUAUAUUCAAGAUUUCCGACUGAAUUUGCACAAUCCAGUAUUUGUCGAACGCAGGAAAUUGUUUCUUUCGAAAUAAAAAAUUCGAAACUUAUACAGCAUAUACAA